AUGAAAGGGAAAGGAGAAAAAAGUGGGAAAUCCUCGUCGAAUUUGUCAAAUAGUGAUGAAUCGUUUCCCACUGUCAGGCCGAUUGAUUCCAAACUUUGCAAUAAAAUCCUAAAUGUUGUCAACGGCAGCGACCACAACGACUUACAAUAUGGCGACAUUGACUCUAUUUACAUUGAUUUGGAGCUGUUACUGUCGGCCAUUUCCAAGCAGGCCAAACUGCUGAAUGGGGAGAUACAGAUGCUUAAUUCCUGGCAAGAGAAGGGCAAGGUUGGAUUGAGUCCAGCGGCCAGUAGCGGCAACCAGCCUGACUGCUCGCCGGCGCCAUCUACUUCUCAGAAGAGACACAGCAAGGGUAAACUGGGGGAUGAACGCCCCGUGAAAAGGAUGAGGACGGACUCGGGUAGGGCCACCUACGCCCAGCCUGUUUCUUACAAAGGGAAGGGAAAGAACCAGCAGCAAUCGGAGAGCUAUGAUACGACCAAAUCCUCGACUCAGCAACAACAACAGCAGAUAAAGAUCCCGAAAAACAUAACGCCCCUUCGAUUCUGGGCCAUGGUCGAGCCCUACUGCACCGACGUCACCAAGGAGGAUAUAAAAUUUCUAGAGGAGCAGAUAAAAUUAUGUGAGGACAUCGAUGAGUACAUGCGCGUCCCUGCUCUAGGCCGACACUACACCGAGAAGUGGAAGGAAGAAGAUGAGUUGAUUGAAAGAAGAGAAGUCGAGAAGAUGAACAACAAGAGGAAAAGUUCUUCCUCCUCAUCAUCACAACAACCACCAUCACAACCACCACCGCCACCAUCAUCAUCCAACAAAAAUGAUGACGAUGGCUCCAUGAUAAAAAGGGAUUUCGAAACAAAAAGUGAGAGUAGUUCGAUAUACGGUCCGCUGACGCAACGAUUGGUUCAAGCUCUUGUCGAGGAGAACAUCAUUAUCAGUAACGAUGACAUCAUCAGUGACGACGAUGACGAUGAUGCCACCAACAAUAACAAUGAUGAUGAUGACGAUGAUGCUGAUGGUGACGUCAUGAUUUCGGAUGCCGACGCCAUUGAAGCGGCCACAGUACCGUCGGCCACACUCGCCAGGCAGCUGAAUGUGGAAGCUGACGCUUUGGAGGAUAGGAUCAAGAGGGAGCUAGAAGCACUUGGCAUCCUAGACCCGAAUGAAGACGACGAAAACGCCAGCCAAUCAAAAUGCGGGGAGGACGACAACGGUGACGACGACGAUGACAACGAUGACGAGAUUUUGAGUGAGAUAAGGAAGAAGCAGAGAGAGUUGAAGAGUUUGUCGCAGCAAAAUGUUGCAGUGUUGAAAAAUUUGUUGAACCUGGCCACGAAGGAGCUGGAGAAGCAGGAGAUCAAAAAGAAGAUUAGCUCCAUAGACGCCGAGGUGGUAGAGUGCUACAAGAAGCUGCAGCAGUGCAAAGCCAAAAGGAAGCCACCGAAUAGGAAGGAUAGAGAUAAUUUCUUCAAAUUAUUGCAAGAUAGGAAGGAGCUUUUGAAAGCACUGCACGCUAAUUAGCAUAAUUUAUUCAUUUUUAUGCUAAUUCGUUUACCAUUGUUUAUACCGGAUUGUAUUGUUAUUGCUUUUUGUAUACUUGUUUGUCAAUUAGUUGAUUGUGUUAAUUAGUUGUGUCAGUUAAUUAGCCAGUUGUUUUAAUUUUAUUGUUAAUAGUCAAAACUUGUAGCUUUUAUGUUAUUUUUUGCAAUUUUUUAUUUUGUAUUGUUUCGCGAGAGAGGAAAUGAUGUAUAAUUAUAAAUGAAAUUGUAAUUCGGGUUCAA